CCCAAAACAAAGUUUGACAGUUGAAGUUAAAGUUUCCACGACAGACGUUAGUUUGUAAUGUGAAAGCAUAUUUUUAACGAAAAGUUAAAGGUUUUCGGUUUAAAAUGUCGUCAAGACACCUCCCUCGAGUUAUUGGGCAGCGUGGCAAAACCCAAGCAGAAAUCGAAAGGGAAAACUUUGAGAAAACACAGACUGUGGCGAUUAACAAAGCUAUCAAUGCACAGGAGACACCAGUUAAGGAAAAACACCUACGAAAUACAAUUUUAGGCACAUUCACUGACCAUGGCGGGGGGCUAUUUUGGCACGUUACGACGAGGCAGAUGCAGCUACAGGGAAACCCAAUCUUGUGUUGGAAGUUCUGCCAUGUGUUACAUAAACUGUUGCGGGAAGGUCAUCGAAACGUGUUUGUGGAUUCACAGAAAUUUCGUACAUUCUUGGAUGAGCUGGGAAAGCUAUGGCGGCAUUUAAAAGACGGCUAUGGAAGACUGAUAGCAGCCUACACUAAACUACUAAACCAGAAACUCACCUUCCAUAAAAAGUAUCCUAACAUUCCGGGAAACCUGUUGAUGACGGACGAACUGUUUUCCAGAAUCUGUGGAUCAGAUGUAAACACCUAUUUUGAGAUCAGCGUUGAUAUGCUGGAUUAUAUGGAUGAAGUCCUCGCACUGCAGGAACAAGUGUAUGGAUCUAUGGACCGAUCGCGAGCAAACUCAAUGACAAACUCGGGCCAGUGUCGACUUGCCCCACUUAUCCUCUGUAUUCAAGACAGCUGCCAACUGUACGACUACAUUGUCAAAUCACUCUUUAAACUACAUUCUAGUCUGCCUGGAGACACUUUGGCUGGCCACAGGGACAGAUUCCUGGACCAGUAUAAAAAGUUAAAGGAGUUUUAUUUCCAGAGUAGCAAUCUUCAGUAUUUCAAAAAUCUAGUCCAAGUGCCUCUUUUACCUGAUGAGCCCCCCAACUUCCUGAUCCAAUCAGAUUUCAACAAGCAUGUGAAGCCUGUUGCCGUGGUACCCACGGAACCUGAGCCAGAACCAGAGCGAGACUCCAUUACUCCCGAACCUGAAGUUGUAGCAGACCUUAUUGAUACAUCAGAGGACCGAUUCGACGCAGCGUUUGGAAGUCAACAAGAGAACUUUAAUUUUAAUGGAGGACCGCCUGAAUUUGAUGAAAGGGAUUUGAUGAUUGAGAGAUUGACCAAAGAAAUACAUGAGCUGCGUGCAGAGUUGGAGCGAGUAAAAACUGAGGACCAAAGAGUGAUCACAUCUUUGCGAGACGAUAUAUCAAAGCUAGAAAAGAUCCUAUCAGAGCUCAGACUGUCUGCAGAUAAAGCUCUACAGGACAAUGAAAAGCUCAAGUCUGAGCUUGGAGAAGCUCAAAUACAUGUUGGGGCGGCAGGGAGGCUUUUGGAGUCAGAAAAGUUGAGUAAGGGGAAUGAGGAGAAGUUCAAGAAGAUGAAGGAUGUCUACCACAAACUGAGGGAUGAACAUGUAAACUUGCUCAGACAGCAUGCUGAUGUGAACAAAAAGGUUCAAGCAGACCAGAAAGUGCUUGCUGAAAAAGAACAAAUUAUUAAGGAUAAUGAGGCUCAGAUGGUGAGACUGGAAGAGGAGAGACAAGUUAUACAGGACAGUCUGCAGAAAACUUCCAAUGAGAUAACACAGGAGUUAGCGGCCACAACAGCCAAGAAUACUGACUUGGAACAGGCUAAACAGGAGUUGGAGGGUCAGGUCAAGCUUCUGCAAGACUCGGAAUCAAAGUUGGAGGCAGACCUCCAAACGACACGGACUUCCUUAGAAACAACAGAGUCACAGCUACAAGAGACAGUGAAGGAGAAGGAGGUGCUUGACACCGAACUGUCCAAUCAGAUCGCAGGAUUAAGAGGUGACCUUGACACACUGAGGUCAGAGAAACAGGCACGGGAGCAGGACCUGCAGGCUCAGAUUCAGACCCUCACGGCAAGCCUAGCAGACACGGAGAUGAACAAAUCUCAGACAGAGAAUGACCUCAACCAGCAGUUGUCUGCCCUUAGACAAAAGAUGGAGCAGUUAAUGGCGGACAAACAGUCGUCUGAGACUCGACUUAACUCAGACCUAGACAGCCUGCAUAAGAACUUGCUUAGCAAGAGUAUUGCGGAGGGAAGAGCGUUUAUCCAGGAUGCGUUGGAUCAGUUCCACAACCCCACAUUUACCUCGGUGAGAUGUACUGCGGAGUUCUUGCUGCUCCGUGGAGAACCAGUGAUUUCCACCUUACAAAAACUGCAGUCAUCUACUAAUGGAUACUUUGCAGACAAGAAAGAUUUGGCCGAGUUGGUAGAGAAUAUCACCAAAUUUUCCCAUCACCUUGGUGACUGUGUGAUUCACGGGAUAGCCACCUCACAGGCUACAGCGGAAAUAGAGGCAGGACAUGAUCUGGCCAAUACAUGCCGAACAACUGGGGAGAGUGGGCUGGCAGUGUUAGCGGCAGUGGAAAAAGGUGGCAGUGUAGCCAGUGAGGUGUCAACUUGUAUCAAUGAAAUCAAGCGUCUGAUGACCCUGACUGAAGAUCUGGUUCCAAAGACAGAUGACAUGAAGACAGAGCAGAUUGGGGACAUGCUGGACUCCGAAAUGGCACAGACCAGCAGGGCCAUAGAGGAGGCUGCUAGCAAAAUACAGGAAAUGUUACAAAAGACGCGAGCAGAUACAACAGGUGUGAAACUGGAGGUGAAUGAACGAAUACUGGACGCCUGUACGGACCUCAUGAAGUGUAUCAAGAUACUGGUGGAGAAAUCCCGAGAUCUGCAGCAUGAAAUUGUCUCACAGGGCAGGGGUACCCAUACAGCCAAGGAGUUUUACAAGAAGAACCAUCGAUGGACAGAAGGCUUCUUAUCAGCUGCCAAAGCGGUGGGAUGGGGCGCCACAACGCUCAUGCAGGCAGCUGACAAGGUAAUCAACGGCGAGGGGAAGCUUGAAGAACUGAUUGUCUGCUCACAAGAGAUUGCAGCGUCCACUGCCCAGUUGGUCGUCUCGUCACGAGUAAAGGCUAAGAGGUCAAGCCAGGCAUUAACCAACGUCCAGGAUGCAUCGAAGAACGUUUCCAGGGCUACAGGCCAUGUGGUCGCCUCGGUGAAGUCUGGUGUGCAGAUUAUUGAGGAUCAGAGUUUAAUGGAUUUCUCCCACCUAUCUCUGAUACAGACAAAGAAACAAGAAAUGGACUCGCAGGUUCGAGUAUUGGAGCUUGAAAGGGAGCUAGAAAAUGAGCGUCAGAAAAUGUCGACGCUUAGGAAGCAACACUACCAGCUGGCUGCAGAAUCAGAGGGAGUGGAACAGAGUUAAUUAACGAUUAACAGGAGACAAAAUAUCAAUGGACAGUAAAGACGUCACAGGACAUGUAGGCGCCACAAGACAUGAGAAGAUGCCACUGGGUCAUCACAAGACAUAGCAAGAUAGAUCAUUUUCAUGGUUUUUACUACCCACAAGACCAACUCAACAUAUUGAAUAUUAUUGUUAAAGCAUUCUUGUGUUAUAAUUUAAAAGUCUAAAUAAUGAAAAGAAAUGUUAUUUCAGUUGGAAUAAAAUCUGCAAAAUGGACAAUUGCUGAAAAUAAAACCUUGUGGCACAUAAUUUUGAAUGUUUAUGAACAAAGUAUGACAUUAUUUGUAUAUAUUGGUAUGGAAUGAUAUGUUUGUGUGUAUAUUUGUGAUGCUACGGAAUGUGGAAUAGGCUCAUUAUAUAUAUAUAUAAACAUAUAUAUGCGUAUAUAUAAAUAAUAAUGUAAUCAUUUAAUAAUAAAUAUUUUGCAUAUUUCAUGUUACUUUUUUUAACACAUUUUGAAAGUAAUGGAAAUUUGAAUGAUGUUAACAAAUAAAUUGAAUGUCAAAGGUUUUGAAUUUGUAUCUACUCUAGCUGGAAUAUUUAACUAAAGGCAUCCACUAAAUUCUUUCUCAGUUUCUAUAUAAGUUGUUCAUGAAUACCACAAACCUCAGUAAAAAUAAUUGCGAUAAUUUUUACCUUUUUCUCCGCAUACAAAUGUAUCAGAAUUGUUCUAGAGUGGUCAAGUGGUUUAGGGUGUCCAUGUCUCAACCAAGAGGUUGUGGGUUUGAUUCCCACCAGUAGUACUUUCCCAUGACCUCUCAAAAAGGACACAAUAGUGAUUUCUACUUAAGAAAAGGACUUAAGAGUGAUUCAUAUCGGCUUUCAACUGCCUUCUCAAUCAAGCUAUAAUAAAUUAGUGUAACAUAACCUAUUCUGAAUAUGUGUACGAUUAAUCAAUGAUAAUUAAAGUAGAUCUUGCCUACUGUGGCUCAAUGUAUUGUUUUUGUUCAAUUUAAUGAUUUAAUUCUAAUAUUAGAACAUUUACUUACGGUGUUAAAAAGUAAGCUCAAUUUCUUCAACAAAUGUAUCAAAAAGAAAAUGUAAAAGCAAUUUCUUCCGGAACAAGUCCUUCUCAAAUUUUCUAAUAAAUAAGUGCCUAAAAUCUAAAAUACAAGCGAGGCAUGCUUUUAAAAGAAAGGUACCAUGUCUGAUUUUCUUGCCAUAAAGUGUCAUUAUUAAUGUUCAUUGUAUUAAUUAUGUUGUAGUUUUUAGUGAUUUUAUGUGUUAUGGAAAUAUAUAUAUAUUGAUUUUAAAUGUUUUAUGUAUUGUUAAUACGGGCUAUUUUGAAAUCAUCAUAUGUUUUAUAUUGUUUGUUUAAAUCUUCAUCUGUUAUGUAAACUAUUUGUUAAAGAUUGUCUAUUCUCCUUGCUAAGGCUUAAAAGAAUUAUUUUUGUGGCUUUUGACAUGUUGACAAAAAACAAGGUAUGAGGGUAAGGAAAAGAAUUUAUUUUGGAAAAAACAUUUUACUGUGUACAAUGUUUGUAUAUUGUUACACACACAUUUUGACAUCUAUGUUGUCAAGUGAACUGUAUCGCCUUGCACUUAUAAUAAUAGCAAUUAUUAUGUAUUAAGAGCAUUCAAAUUAUUUUCUAAGAAAUAUUUCUUAGCGACAAGACGCUGUUUCUUAGACAUUCAGAUUCACCUGCCUUUAAUUGCUAUCCACAAUAUUUAUUCUCAGUCUGUAAACCAGAGAAAUUUAGAUCAUAUGAUACAAUAGCUCUUUCUCUUUGGCGAAACUGUAGCGGCCACUACAAUAAUAUAUUUCCACUAUUGAUAAAAACAAUUCCUUAUCAAAACAUUGUUAAAUUAGGGUCUGGACUUAAAAAUAUGGGCGGUCUGGUAACCGUACCUACAUUAUUUUAACUUGCCCAUGGCCUCGUUGAAAAAAACACCCUCUAUUGAAUCAUAUUGAAAUUAUUUUUGUUAAUUUAUUACAGAAUCUCUAUUCAUGUUUUCAUGAUUAUGUACAUUUAAUCUGAAGUAUUCAUUUAUAUAAACAUAAAUAUCUUAUACAUAUAUUAUUUUUUAUUAUUGUUCUAUUUUUCAGAAAUACUAUUUGUAGUUUGAUUGUUUUAAUGUCUCAGAAAAAUGAGAAAUCAUGACAGUGAUUUAUUGAAACAAAUCAGACACUGUGAAGAGUAUUCUAAGAAAUGUUUAGAUAAAAUAAAAAUUAAAUCUUUCCGAUUGUAAGGCAAUUAUAGGAAUGCAAUUUUAUAAAUUUAAAAAAAUGAAAAAAAAUAUAAUAGAAAUAUCUUAUUUUGUCUGAAAACAAUCCGAAGUCUCUUUAACUGAUUAUGAAUUUGGAAUUACAGUCAACCUGUUGGGUCGAUAUAGCUUGAUUAGUUUUUUUUUAUUGGCUCGAACUGGAUGUUAAAGACCAAUUUUGUUUUACUCUUUGUAAGCAUUCACAUUUGGCUCGAUGUUAGCGAGGCUCCUAGUAUUUUGGCCAGUCCCUGCGAUAUCAAACCAAAGGGUUUUGACUGUAUUGGUAUUGUGCCAUUUUUUUCUAGCUAUGAUAUGCAUUGUACAAUCUGUGUGCAUGUUUUCUUUUAGUCGGUGUAGUAGUGCUCCAUUUGAGAAAAUUUGACCAAAGUGCUAUGCAGUGCUAAUUGCGGAUUUGACGAAAGAAACAGUAACUGUUUUGAAUUUAUUUUUACACAUGUUCCUUAGAGCUAGAUUAUCAUUAUAGAUGGCUAGAAAUGACUGUCAUAUAUAAGACACUUCUUUAACAAUAUUUAUGUCAUUUAUUAAGGAAUGUAUAGCUGGGUUGAUAUCAUUAUCAGGGUAUGAACACAGUUGAGGUGGUUAAAGUGUGCAGAGUUCGAAGAACUCCAUGCCCUAUUGCGUUCAUAUUCCCGAUACUGACAUCAAUCACACAAUUCAUUACUUAUAUUUACACCAAUAGUUCAAUAAUUUAUUCAAGAAUUAUAAAAAAUUCACUUCAUUUCUUUUAAAAAAAACUUGUAGUAAUUCUUUCUCGCCCAUUUUGUAAAAAGAAUGACCCUACCGUAACCCGAAACAGUUUAUCAAAUGGGAACAAAUUUGUUUAAACUGUUGAAAUUGAGUUAUUUUAAUUACUUUUUUGAACAAACACCAAACAACAAGAUAUUCAUUUGAACAGAUUUCUAUAAACCCAAGCCUUAAAUAAUUCAAUAUCCAAUAGCAUUAUUAAUGCCUUUCAGCCUAUUAGAGUAUUUACUGUCAUAUUUGUUAAUAAAAACUAGAAAAAAAAGCUCCAAUUUAAACUGUUGACGAUUUUUUGUCAUUAAUACAAGCAUUUUGUUCACAUUUCAUUCGAAAUAAAAAAAAAUGAUGACUACAGUAAUAAGAUAAAUAUAUAGAUAUAUAUAUUCACUCUAGGGGACACUGGAAAAAAUGGCAUUGUUUGGAGAUUUUUUUUUAUUUAUGAGCAUGUAUGUUGAAAGGUGUGUGUUUGUUAUAAAAAUGAAUUAAGGAAUCCUAUUGUAUUGUAUAUAUGAAUACAUAUAUAAGUACAUUGAAUUAAAGCUUCCCUCUCACAGAUUGGUCGUUUUGACAACUUUUUUAUAUGAAACAAGAUUGCUGACAAAUGAUCAGAUCACACUUUUUCAUAUUCAUAUUGGAAGACUGAUGUUUUAUGGCUAAAAGCGUUACUAACACUUAAAAAAAUGGAAUUUUCGACAGUUUACCAAACAAUUGAGAUCUAUUGUGAGUUUGUAAUCUUAAAUGACUGCAUGGAAGGCAUUGAUACCAAAAUCAGCUGUUUCUGAAACAAAAACUUGUCAAAACUAUUUAUCUGUGAAAGUGCAACUUUUAGAUGUCCAUUACUUUUGCAAAUAUAAAUAAUACAAAUCAUGCAUAUAAGUCAUCAUUUUAUUAAGUGGGAAAUAUGGUAAACCUAGCAUUCAAACAUGGUCGGAUGCCUUGCUUAAGUAUAAAUUUUAUUAAGUUUAGAAAUGGGGCAGUAUUUUAUAGUAUGUUAAUUCUGUUUUGUUUUUUUGAAAUUAGAUGUUUAAAAUUAUCAAGCCAUCUUCUCAAGCAGAUCCAGGGGCCCGUACCCAAUGCUAUAAUGGGAGCUUAUAUUGGAGGUUUCUGUAGGAGGGAAUGCACACCUCAAGGUGUAACCUGCAAAUAUCAAAUCCUGGACACGCCCCAAGGUGUGACCCUCCCAUGCGCCCAUCUUAUGUCAAAUCCUUGAUACACCCUAAGGUGUGACUCUCAUGUGUGCCCUCUCUAAUUUCAAAUCCUGGAUACGCCCGAAGGUGUGACUCAAGUGUGCCCCUCUAAUGUCAAAUCCUGGAUACACCCCAAGCUGUGACCCUCAAAUGUCAAAUUCUGGAUACGCCCUUAUGUGUGACCGUCAAGUGCCCUCUCUUAUUUCAAAUCCUGGAUACGUCCAAAGGUGUGACCCUCAUAUGCACCCCUCUCAUGUCAAAUCCUGGAUACGCCCAAGGUGUGACUCUUAAGUGCGCUCCUCUAAUGUCAAAUCCUGGAUACGCCCAAAGCUGUGACCGUCUAAUGUCAAAUCCUGGAUGCGCCCUAAGGUGUGACCCUCAAGUGCCCUCUCUAAUUUCAAAUCCUGGUUAUGCCCCAAAGUGUGACCUCAUAUGCGCCCCUCUAAUGUCAAAUUCUGGAUACGCCCCAAAGUGUGACCCUCAAGUGUGCCCCUCUAAUGUCAAAUCCUGGAUACGCCCCAAGGUGUGACCCUCAUAUGCGCCCCUUUAAUUUCCAAUCCUGGAUACGCCCAAAGGUGUGACCCUCAAGUGCGCCGCUCUAAUUUCCAAUCCUGGAUACACCCCAAGGUGUGAUCCUCAAGUGCUCUUCUCUCACGUGUCUUGGCGUAUUUAAGGUUAACAAAAAUACCAAAAUCGGACAAGGUCACAUCAUUGCGACAUAAAUAUUUAGUGCCAUCAAAAGACAAUUUUGUAGGGGGCACAAUACUCGAUUUUCUACACAUCAUAUAAAAAGCAAAUAAAAGAACACACCAAACUGUGGCGUAAAAAGGAAUUUCUAUAUCAAUAACGUCUCUGAUUUUUAGCAAUAUACCAGGCGUAAUCGGAGGUGCCUGAUGUGGAGAAUGAAACAAAAGCUUAGCUAGAUCUCUAAAAUUCUGGAUCCCCGCUAAUUAUCAUUGUUACUUGCUAGGAAAAGAAACAAAGUAGAAAUGUUUAUUUGAUAGUUGUAUGAUUUUAUUUUCUGUUGCAUUAUCCUACAUGUAAGUUGUUUAUUUUGAAAAUACAUGAUAUGCCAAUAAAGUAUCUAAAG